UUCUCAAUAUGCAUCAUAUUAUUGGAGCUCGUCCGCGCGUCUCUGGCAAUUCAAUUCUCUCCCGUAUCUGGCAAUGUCACCAAGUACUUGAUUCAGCUCAUUAGUGCAGGAGGCACUUCCAAAGUUAUUAUAAAAUACUCGAAUGAUUAUCCAAAGAGCAAUUCUCCAUAUUUUCCAAAAAUGUCAAUCGAAACUAGAAAACGUAAUGCGCCCACCCUACCAGCAGAGAUAGCCACAGUUAAUCUCGGGAACUGUCUCGUAAAUCUUCCUGCAUCUCUUUGUUCGUUGCUAGCAAAUGUGAAUACGCUUGCUCAAAAUGUCAUCGUAGAGUUGAGUUAUCGGCCGCGCUCCCAAAUAUCGAACGCUCCAAGCGAUACUUCAACCCUUAAGUCCAUAUACGUGGGCUGGACGGGAAUGCAGAGUAAACGGAAACUUGCAUCCAUCAUCGACAAGGAUGGGAUAAACGUAACAAGAGGAAGCAUCCGAGAAAAAGAGCCCGAUGUUUCAAUCAUCGAAAUCGAUUCUAUUUUUGCGCGCACGAUCGAUAUUCUAGCUGGACAGAAAGUCACUGCUAGCCUCCAUCUAGAUCCCCCCACUGCACAUACAGUUAAUAUUGAACCCAUGUCGCCUGAAGAUUGGGAAAUAAUAGAGCUCCACGCCACAUACUUAGAGAUUAAUUUAGUAUCUCAAAUACGAGCGCUUCCAAAUCCGAAUUACAUUCCAUUAAAUGGCCAAAAGUCACAAUCCUAUCCUCUAACGCUUAAGCUAUCCCCUACAUCAUCGGCUACAAUAAUUGUGACAUCUAUCGCUCCAGAACAGCCCUCUAAUUCUCCUUUUGCAAAAUUGGAUCCAGAUGCAGAGGUAAUUGUAGCGCCUAAGACUAAAUCGAGACUACUGCGCUCGCAUGGUGAAAAUCGAAGUGUUACAUCAAGAAGUGCUAGUGAUAGACGAAAGAUCAUUCGCGAAGAAUCUCGAUCCGACUUAUACUUUAGGGGUAUCGAUAGAAGUCUUUGUGAACACCGAUUCAAUAACGCCAAAGAUAUCGAUUUAGAUGGAUUGAAGGUCUGGAUCGAUCGGGAUUUACUUUUAUCAAAAGCUUUCAAAGGCGUCACUUAUGUGUUAGUUAUGGUACUGAGGCCACUAAGCAUCCAACCACUUAUCGAUACCCAAAAGUCACAAGAAGAAAUUGAAAACUUAGGUUCUGCUGGUCCGAUAGCUUCUAAAGUUGUCGCUCGUCUAAUGCCAUGGGAUGACCCACCAGAUAGUGAACAUGUUGCAUUCUCGAGGUUACUUUGUACUUCUCUAAUGUUCGAAGGGAUAGUGGGAGGAAUCGUGAGGCUAGAGCCUGCUCCCCAGCAAUUGUUAAAGACUGCUAUACCAAUCUUAGCUCCGCUCGAUCAAUCAACGCCAAAAAUAGCAUCUGGUGUAAUCAAAAUAUACCCAUUUUCUGCCAAAACUAGCACAGUUACAGAGGGCUUAAAGUUCGGUGGAGACUCCAAGGCAGAAAAAGAAGAGUUAGCUAGGCGUAUACUAAAAAUAUUUGGCAAUCAAAGACAAGGUACCGAGUCACUCUUUGAAGGUCCUUUAACAGAUGGGCUUAUAAUCGGUGAGAAUCCAAAGUAUGCUCAAUCAUUUGAAUGGAAGGGCGGUAUCCUUAGAUUUGAUCAUUCAUCAGAUUCCGGGAAGCAGUCUUGCCAUUGGUUUCUUGGAUCUGAACGUAACUUUAAAGUUGAAGUUCAACCUGCCAUUGUUCGUCCAGCAUCUACAUUUACAUCGAACACUGUAUAUGGUUCCUUCAUACCAGAAGUACCAAAAUUAGUUGGCAUCGAUACCAUGAUUAAACAAAUACAGGCUAAUCUCCUACACAUGUCCUCUAUCUUACUUACUGGAACACAAGGAUGUGGCAAGAGUUCUCUAGCUCAAUAUAUGUGUCAAUGGCUUAGGAGAGAAGCCCUGUUUCAUACUACAUUUUUCUCCUGUAGAAAAGUGAUUGCCGACGAGGCAAGAGUUUCCACUAUUAAAGAAACACUUAACCGAGUAUUCAUGUCUGCAUCAUGGGGCGCUAGACUUGGGGGAAAAUCAAUUGUGAUACUUGACGAUCUUGAUAAACUUUGUCCAGUUGAGACAGAAUUAGAAACAAAUGAAAACACACGUUCUCGACAGAUAAGUGAAGUCAUUUGUUCGAUAGUCAGUCAAUAUUGCCGCAGAGAUAAUAAGGUGGUCUUAUUUGCCACAGCACAAGCAAAAGAAUCACUGCACAACAUCAUCAUCGGAAGACAUAUUAUACAAGACAUUUUAGUCUUAAAAGCACCAAGCAAAGAAGCAAGGGCUAAGGUGCUCGAAAUGAUCCUCAAAACUCAAGAUCCUGUCGUUGAAGAGGCUAGAUCUUUUGAUAGGCCCCGAAAUAUUCCCUGCAGUCGACCAGUAACGGCAGGUAGUAGUGAAAGUGAAUACACAAAUGCUUGGAUGGACAAUGAUAGCGUUGCAAGCUGUCCUGAUUCCUUCACGCCAAAGAAAGAUGGCUUUUAUGUGCCAUCUGAUUUUGAUUUCUUGGAUCUUGCCAGCGAUACAGAUGGAUAUAUGCCAGGAGACCUUGUAUUACUAGCCACACGUGCUCGUAGUGAGGCAAUUAUCCGAGCGGUCGCAGAAAAUCCAAAACGUACGAUAUUUACGACUGUUGAAAUACGCCGCGAAGACUUUACAAGUGCACUUAAAGGUUUCACCCCUGCUUCCCUUCGAAACGUAUCUUUACAAACAAGCACGACAACGUUUGACUCGAUUGGCGGGCUCUACACCACCCGCAAAACCCUACUUGAAACUCUCCAGUACCCUACAACCUACGCUCCUAUCUUUGCGCAGUGUCCUUUACGCCUUCGCUCUGGCCUUUUACUUUAUGGAUUUCCAGGCUGUGGGAAAACACUUCUUGCCUCUGCCGUUGCAGGUGAGUGUGGACUCAAUUUUAUAUCAGUCAAAGGCCCUGAAAUCCUGAAUAAGUACAUCGGUGCGUCAGAGAAGUCUGUGCGAGAUCUUUUUCAGCGCGCAGAAGCAGCAAAACCAUGCGUUCUUUUUUUUGACGAGUUCGACUCCAUUGCUCCUAAGCGUGGUCAUGAUUCAACAGGAGUUACAGAUCGAGUUGUGAAUCAAAUAUUGACACAAAUGGAUGGCGCCGAGGGUUUAUCGGGUGUUUAUGUGCUGGCAGCUACUUCCCGACCAGAUCUCAUUGAUCCUGCCCUACUGCGUCCAGGGCGUCUUGACAAAAGCCUAAUUUGUGAUCUUCCAAGUGAAGAAGAGCGCAUCGAUAUCUUAUUGGCUCUCAGUAAAAAAUUACGACUCAGUGAAGAAGUUUUGGAAAAUCUUCCUGAGAUAGCCAGUCGCACAACUGGGUAUUCUGGUGCUGAUCUACAGGCAAUGAUAUAUAAUUCUCACCUAGAGGCUAUUCAUGAUAUUCUUGGUAACCAGGAGGAUCUAGAUACUAGCAAAGAAAGUAAGAAAUCCUUGAAUAGAAAUACUGAUACAGUCGCGAGUGAUUUUCUUCAAUUUCGCUAUGGUCGGGAAGAGGAACGACUUGAAGUAGAAGCACAUGCCCGAUCACAAGCAACUAAAGCAAGGAUUCAUAUCGAGAAAGCAACUAUUAUGAGUAAGCUGUCAGAAAUAAAGUUUCAAAACCGACAACGGAGAAUUAAUGCUGUAUAUGAAAUAGAUCGACGUGAAACAGCACCUAAUGUGGAGAAAAAACAUGUCAUGAUAGAAUGGCAGCAUAUAGUCAAGGGCCUAAAUUCAACAAAGGCAAGUAUCAGUGUGGCAGAAAGAGAACGCCUGGCAGCAAUUUACAGAGAGUUCCUGACUGCCAGAGAUGGUGAAGUUCGGAGCGGGGAUGGCGGAAGGGAAGUUGGUGGCAGAGUGAGCCUUAUGUAG